AUGACAAAUUGGGAACUAAUGAACAAAUAUCUCAAGCCUAAUAAAAAAUAUACUUUUAUAUAUUAUCGGAAGAGAAAAUCUUUUUUAUUUAGAUUUGAUGUAUUUCCAUUCCUUAUAUUAUAUAUAUUUCUUUUAAGCAUUGUAUUCCAACAUAUAUCUUCUAUUAAACCGGAUAUUUCAAUUGAUCAUAUUUGGGGUAGUCUAAAUUAUGUUGGAUAUUUGUUUUCUCUACCAGAAACUCGAGAUAAUUUAGUAUCAGGGUUAAACGAUACUUUAGAGUGGUAUGAUAGAUUAAAUAUAGAAGUAAAUAAUUCAACAAAGUUAUCUACUAUAGAUUUGCAGCAUAUUGUUGAAGGAUUCCUUUUACCUUAUAUAUUUUACUUUUCAUUGUUAUUUAUUAUUCAUAUUAUUUGUCAUUUAUCAACUCAUUGGAGUAAAAGAAUGAAGUGUUUUAUAUGCUUUGAUAAAAUUUCCAAUAUUAGAGAAAAUAUAAAUAGUAUAACACAUGUAUUAGUUAAAAACCCAAAAUAUUCAGCAUGUCUUUGUGAAGUAAAAUAUUCAGUAUGCGUGUCAAAUAUUGAUAAAUUAAAUACUCCUAGUAAUAAAAAUAAAAAUUCAUUAAGGGAUAUAUACUGGAAGAAUAAGGUAGAAAUUGUUCCAAUGAAUGAUUAUUUCAUUAUUAGAGUGAAUUCAACAGAUUUUAUUAGGUAUAGAUAUAUAUUGGAUAAAUUACUGUCAGAAUCAGAUAAGCCACUAACUUGGAUCCGAAGUAUAUUUUAUGAAAAGCGACAAUUUAUAUACAAUGAAGAAGUAUCGAGUUUUACAAAAUUGAAUUGUCCUAUUAACCUACCAAUAAGUUCAUACUUGAAUAGACUUACUGAAGAAUUGGGAUUAUCAUCAAAGUAUAUUCCUGAAUAUAAUACUAUAUAUGGAAUUAACAAUUAUGACAUUCCCAAUGAGAAGUUUUUGAGACUAUUUACUGAACAAAUAUUGUCACCAUUCUUUUUAUUUCAGUUAUUUUGUGUAUUACUAUGGUUUCUUGAUGAAUAUUGGCAAAUGGGGGUAUUUACUUUAUUAAUGUUAUGCACUUUGGAGGCUCAAAUGACAUUUAGACGUUUAAGAGAAUUAGAUGAACUAAGACAAAUGAGACGGCCUUCUUGUUUUAUUUCUGUAUUUAGAAAUAAUAAAUGGAAAUAUAUUUUAACUGAUUACAUCCUUCCUGGUGAUAUUAUUGCUAUUUCUACUUACACAAGUGAUAAAAAAUCUAGUUUUAACAAUGAAGAAGAUUGGAAUGAUACAAGAUCUAUUUGUCCAUGUGAUUUUAUUUUGUUAUCUGGAAAUAUAGUUGUUAAUGAAGCAAUGUUAACUGGUGAAUAUGUACCUAAAAUGAAAGUUCCAUUAAUGAAUUUACAAGAAGAUAAUGAAGUAUCUAGCAAAUUGUUUACAGCUGAUAUGAAUAUGAAUAAUUUGAAAAAUCACACUAUAUUUGCUGGCACAAAAAUUAUUGUCUCAAAUUCUCUACUAGAUUCAAGAUAUAAUUUAGGAGAUAAGGUAUCUGAUAAUCGAGAGAAUAAUAUAAAUGGUGUAGUUGGAAGUAUUAUUAAGAGAUGUAAUCUUGAAACUUCUAAAAUAGCUCCAAGUUUAAAUAAACAACUAUUACAUAUGAAAUAUGAAGAUAAUAGAACUAUUUGUCUUGGAUAUGUAAUUAGAACUGGAUUUAAUACCUAUCAAGGAAAACUCAUACGUACAAUCUCAUCUUCAAAUGAACGAGUUACUGUUAAUGGAUUUGAAUCUUUGUUAUUUUUAUUCUUAUUGAUAAUUAGCGCACUUAUUGCUUCUGGCUAUGUUUUAUAUAUUGGACUUCAAGAUCCAUUUAGAAACAGAUUUAAACUUCUUUUAUCUUGUAUUCAUAUUAUAACUUCUGUAGUGCCUCCAGAGUUUCCAAUAACACUUUCUAUUGCAGUUACAACAACAUUUGUGCAAUUGACGAAAAAGAAUAUUUUUUGUACUGAACCAUUUAGGAUUCCUUUUGGUGGGAAAGUUGACAUUUGUGCAUUUGAUAAAACUGGGACACUUACUUCAGAUAAAAUGGAUGUAUAUGGAAUUUUUGGUAUAAAUAUUGAGAAUGAUGACAAGGAAUCAUCAAUUGUACUUAAAUGUGAUACUUUUCAAGACACUGAAUACCCUUAUAUACCAUUUUUAACAAAUACUAUAAUGGGAUGUUGCACAAAUUUAACUAUAGUAAAUGGUAAGAUUAUAGGUGAUCCAAUGGAUAAAAUAAUUAAUAAAGCAUCUGAAUGGCUUAUUGGAACUUCAGAAUGCUUAUCAAACCCAAAACUCAAUUUUAAAUAUUUAGUAAUUAAACGGUAUCCAUUUUCCCCUGAGUUACAGAGAAUGACUAUUGUAGGUCGUAUAAUAAGUGAAUCAAGGAAUAUACUGAAGAAAUCAUCUUCUAUUGUGGAAUCUAUGAAAUAUGCAGAAUCUAUUGAUACUAUGCCUGAAAAUAAAUCAACAGGAAUGGUUUUAUGCAAAGGUAGUCCUGAAGUUAUGUUAAAGUAUUUUAAAAAUAUAAAACCUGAGAUAUAUAACGAAGUAGUUUUAAAUUGUACGAAGAAGGGGUAUAGGAUCUUAGCUCUUGGUGCUAAAUAUUGCUCAUUAGAUAAAAUAGAUAAUAGAAACCGAGAUUUUUUUGAAAAUAACCUGGUAUUUUGUGGUUUCUUAGCUUUAUAUUGUCCAAUUAAGAAGUAUUCUAGAGAUGUCAUUGAGAAGUUACAUUACAGUGGCCAUAGGACAAUAAUGAUAACUGGUGAUAAUAUCCUUACUGGAUUUCAUGUUGCUCAAACAAUAACAAUGACUUCACUAGAAUCACCAUUGAUUUUGACUAUAGAGAAAGAUUCGCAUAAUAAAUAUAAAAAAAGAUUUUUACUUAAAUGGAGAAAUCAUGAUGGAAGUUUCCAUUCAAAUUAUGAUCCGAAUAAAUCAUUAGAAUCAGUUUCAACCAAAUAUUGUUUGUGUAUCCUUGGAAAUAGUCUUCAAUAUAUGUUAGCUAUAUAUAAUAAGAAACAAGUUAUAAAUACAAUAAGGUACUGUACUAUUUAUGGAAGAAUGUCACCAAAAGAUAAACAAGAUAUAAUUUCACUUUUAAAUAGUAUAGGAAAUAUUACUUUGAUGUGUGGUGAUGGUACAAAUGAUGUAGGGGCACUGAAAAGUUCUCACGUUGGUAUCUCACUAUUAUCUGGAGAUACCGAAGCAAUAAAGAAAGAGCAAGGUUCACUGGAAAAUCGGAAACCAGAUUCAUAUGAUGGUGUUAAAUUUGGAGAUUUCCAAACUACUGUUGAAUCCAUAAUAAUGAGCUCUCUCUUCUUUCUUGUUAUAAGAAAUAAACCAUUAAGAGAAAUAGCCCCACAGCGACCACCUUCCAGCAUAUUUAACAUCUUUGUAUUAGCCUCAUUUUUAGUUCAGGCUCUUAUCCAUCUUUUAGUUAUUUAUACUGGAUGGAUAUUAACUAUAAAUUUGAGACCUAGCGACUAUAAAGCAUCAGUUGAUGAUUCGUUUGAACCGAAUAUAGUAAAUACCACUAUGUUCUAUCUACAUACAGCAGCUCAUCUUGCAACAUUUCUCUCUAAUGCGGAAGGAUAUCCUUUCACAAUGCCAUUAAAAGAUAACAAACCACUCCUGUUUAUAUCUGGAGUUGUAAUUUCAUUCUUAACAAUAUCAAUACUUGGGACUUUACCCUUGCUUAAUAAUUUGUUCUCUUUGGAACAAUACAAUUCAUUUGAUUUAAAACUAAUAAUUCUUGGCCUUAUAACUAUUGAUAUUAUUGGCACUUUUGCAAUUAAUUUUAUUCUAGAGAAACUUCAUUCGAGGAAAUUUAGGAAUAAAUGA